AUGUCAAAACAGCAACGUUUGAAGCCAGCCGAUGAUUUUAGCUACGGAUCUAUAGAUAUAAACAUCCAGCAGAUGGAUCCUAGAACAGGUAGGAUGAGCUCACCGACACCACGGAAGUAUAAUAAGGAUCUCUCUCCGAACAAUGGAAUUAGAGUAAGGAAAGUUGAUCUCAAUACAAUUGAUCAGAGGCCUAAAUAUCAGGAGCUGCUCCCGUACUAUUUGCCAUGUAUGUCAUGGAUUCCACAUUACUCUUGGGAGAUAUUCUUUGGAGAUCUGGUAGCUGGGAUAUCGCUGGCGUCAUUUCAAAUACCUUUAGCAUUGUCUUAUGCAACAUCCAUAGCACAUGUUGAACCAUUAUGUGGACUUUACUCUUUGGCUAUUACACCCCUGAUUUACGCAAUAUUUGGAUCUGUUCCUCAAAUGAUAGUUGGCCCAGAAAGUGCUAUAUCGUUGGUUGUUGGGCAAGCAACCGAGAAGUUUAGCGCACAUGAUAGUGAAAUUAGUACCGUAACCAUAACCAUGAUGAUAACUUUUAUUAGUGGGGUAGUAUUGUUCUUUUUGGGAUCUGUUAGACUAGGAUUUCUAGGAAAUAUUUUGAGUAAAGCACUGCUACGUGGAUUCAUUAGCUCUGUCGGUUUAGUCAUGAUAAUAAAUUCCCUAAUUAUAGAGCUAAAAUUAAAUCAUAAAUUAGCUGAUGUUGCAGGUCAUUACCACACACCAGUUGGGAAAAUCAUGUUUUUAUUUCGGUAUGCAUCAGAAUAUUAUCAUAAGCCGACAGCAAUUCUGAGUCUGAUCUGUUUUCUGGUUUUAAUCUCUACAAGAAUAGCUAAGAAGAAGUUGAUGAAUAGAUACCGCUUUUUAAUAUUUGUGCCGGAAAUUUUGCUAGUUGUUUCUGUGACAAUACUUUUAUCAUUAAAAUAUGAUUUUAAGCACUCCUAUGGCAUUAGUACAAUUGGAGAGUUCAAUGCAGAUGGAUUUGGUUCUAUAGGCAAUCCAUUAUCAAAUGAAAAUAGGGCACUUUAUUCAUCCUUGUGGAACGAAGGGCUUGCAGUAGCAAUGUUGGGGUUCUUUGAAUCUACUACAGCAUCAAAGUCAUUGGGAAGUGACUACAACCUCACUUAUUCUUCAAACAGAGAAUUGAUUGCUCUUGGAUUUAUGAAUAUUGUGGGUUCCCUUUUUGGCGCACUUCCAUCAUUUGGGGGAUAUGGUAGAUCCAAGGUGAAUGUUUUCUCAGGUGGGAAAACAGUAAUGUCUGGAGCAAUGGUUGGACUAAUUACAUUAUUGACUGCAAAGUUACUUCUUCCAAUGAUUCAUUAUACACCAACAUGUGUACUAUCGGUGAUCACCACUGUAAUAGGUAUUAGUCUUUUGGAGGAAGUUCCGUCGGAUAUUAAAUUUCACAUACAUUGCAGUGGUUAUAGUGAGCUCACAGUAUUUACUUUAACUUUUAUUGCUACGUUAUCCCAGUCUGUUGAAUUGGGUGUUACUGUUGGGUGUAUUUACUCUCUCAUUUUAAUUGUCAAGCACUCCGCUCUAUCAAGGAUUCAAAUUCUUGCUAAGUUGGAGGGAUCUGACGAAUUUGUGAAUGUUGAUGACUAUAUCAAAAAUUAUAAUGGAAGGGAUUUUGAAAACAUCACAUUAGAACAAUUUGAACAUUGUUAUAUAGUCAAAAUUCCUGAGCCCUUAACAUUUACCAAUGGCGAAGAUCUUCGUUCAAGACUAAGUCGCUUAGAGCGGUUUGGUUCUACUAAUGUUCACCCUGGUUCAACAUCAAUUGUGUCUCAGGAUGAUAUGGAAUAUAUUAUAUUUGAUUUAGAAGGUAUGACAUCAAUGGAUUCUGGCUCAGCACAAAUUCUGCUAGAGAUCAUUAGGUCUUAUGUACAUCGCGACGUAAGAGUUUAUCUGACUAGGGUCUCGCUAGACCGGGAAAUCAGAAUACGAUUAAAAUCUGCAGGUAUACUUGAUCUUGUGGAAACAGUCCAGGUUAACAAUGCGGUUACCGCAAGAUAUCACAUGAAUGAUAUGAUUGAGAAAACUCCAUUCUUUACUUGUAUAGAGGAGGCUUUAUUGAUAAUUGAACGUAGAGCAAUAGACGGGGACACAAAUGGCAACGAUCUAAUGCACGUGAGAAGUGGUAGCGUAAUUUCUAAUACCUUAUUUAACUCCAAUUUAGUAUGA